ACAAGCCGCAUCCAUCCGUUCCGAGGUUAGACUUACCCAGGCAAAGGCGCCAUCUUGGAAACUUGGGGUUGUUGCUGUUCUUUCCCGCCGAUCUCUCCACAGAAAUGCAUCUAUAUUGCUAAUAGUUCAGUUCCCUGUUCUUAUUUUAAUUUUAUUUUCAGUAGUUCCCCUCCCGCUUUAAUUACUACGAAUAAUAAAUUUAUGAAACCGCUGGUGCAUCAUGUUUUGGAAGUUUGAUCUUCACACGUCAUCCCAUAUAGACACGCUCCUCGAUAAGGAAGAUGUGACUCUUACUGAAUUAAUGGAUGAGGAAGAUAUUUUGCAGGAAUGUAAAGCUCAGAACCGUAAACUGUUGGAUUUUCUGGUCAGGUCGCAGAGUAUGCAUGAUCUUGUUACGUACAUCACCCAGGAGCCACCAGAUGACAUGGAUGAAAAAGUGAAAUACAAAUAUCCCAACAUAUCGUGUGAACUACUUACUUCAGAUGUAGCACAGUUAAAUGAUCGACUAGCAGAAGAUGAACCUUUGCUUACAAGACUUUACAACUUUUUGCAGAAUGACCCACCACUUAAUCCUUUGCUUGCAAGUUUCUUCAGUAAGGUGUUAAGCAUUCUUAUAAGUAGGAAACCAGACCAGAUUAUUUCAUUUUUACGAAAGAGGGAUGCAUUUGUAAGCUUAAUGCUCAAACACAUAGGGACAUCGGCACUCAUGGAUUUGCUGCUCAGAUUAUUGACGUGCAUUGAACCACCACAACUGAGGCAAGAGGUUUUAAAUUGGUUGAAUGAGGAAAACAUUAUUCAGCAUUUGAUAGAAAUGAUACAACCAUCUCAAGAUGAAGAUAGGCACACUAAUGCAUCACAAUCGCUGUGUGAAAUCAUCCGCCUUAGCAGAGAUCAGAUGAUUCAGAUGCAGAACCUACCAGAACCAGAUCCUCUUUUAUCCUCAAUAGAGAAGCAAGACACUUUAGAGCACUUGCUCACAAAUGUUCUUGAUAAGGAGAAGACUGAAUCCGCAAUUGUGAAUUGUAUUCAAAUAUUGUUGACUUUAUUAGAAACUCGAAGGCCUGCUUUUGAAGGCCAGCUAGAGAUUUGUCCAACUGGUAUGAAUCAUGCAGCCUUUUCUGUGAGUAAUAACACAUUGCAAGCCAUUAGGAAAAGGCUUAAAGACUUCCAUCAAAUACUACUGGAACCUCCAAAGAAAAGUCCAAUGAAAACAACAUGGGGAAUAUUAAACACGCCUGUGGGGAAUACCCGUCUAAAUGUGGUCAGACUUGUUGCCAGCCUUCUUCAAACAAACACAUACAGUAUUAAUGCAGAGCUUGUAGAACUUAACACUAUGGAUGUUUUACUGGAUAUGUACUUCAGAUACAUUUGGAAUAAUUUUCUUCAUGUGCAAGUAGAAAUUUGCAUUGCAACAAUCUUAGGAAGCCCUCCACCUCGUGAUACCAGCAUAGAAAACAACAUUGAAGAAAAUCAUGACACUGCUGGAGAAAAUAUAUUGAUUAAACAUCUGUUUCAGAAGUGCCAAUUAAUCCCAAGAAUACUUGAUGCAUGGGAAAAUAAUGAAAAAGAACAAUCAGAAGGUGGAAGACGGAAAGGGUACAUGGGACAUUUAACACGGAUAGCCAAUGCUGUUGUACACAAUGCUGAGAAGGGGCCAAACAGUGCAUUAAUAAAUCAGCUGCUAAAAGAUCUUGAUGAAGACUACAGGGAAAGAUGGGAGACAUUUACCACUGGUUCAUUAGCAGAAACCAAUAAGAAAAAUACUGUAGAUUUGGUAAGCACACACAAUAUACAUUCAUCAAGUGAUGAUGAAGUUGAUUUUAAAGAACAGGGUUUUGCUCCAGACUCAGGGUUACAGCAAGCCUUUUCUGAUUAUCAGAUGCAACAAAUGACGUCCAAUUUUAUUGACCAGUUCGGCUUCAACGAUGAGGAGUUUGCUGAUCAGGAAGACAUGGUGAAUGUCCCCUUUGAGCGAAUUGGUGAUAUCAACUUUUCAUUGAAUACAAAUGAGAGUGCUAAUGUAGCACUAUUUGAGGCAUGCUGUAAAGAAAGGAUACAACAAUUUGAUGACAGUGGGUCUGAUGAGGAAGAUAUUUGGGGUGAAAAGGACAUAACCUUUGCACAAGAUGCAAAAAAUCGGCACAGAAGCUCAGGUAGCACAGACAGUGAAGAAAGCACAGAUUCAGAAGAUGAGGAUGGUGAUAAACGGAAUAAUACCUUUGAGCCCAGUGGUUCCAAUCCAGAUGAUAGGAUGGAAAUAGAUGCAAAUGAUGCCCCAGGGUGGACAGCGAACUUUGAAGUGCCUAUGGAAACCACAAACAUAGCUGCAGCGAACGCCAGUGGACCUACUUUGUGGAGUUCAGGUGAUGCAGUACCACAGGAAACCGGAUGGGCUACUUUUUCAGAUUUUUCCUCUCAGUUAAGUUCAAAGGAUCCUUUAAGAAGCAGCUCUCCAAUUGCAAUGGAAACCGGCUUGGACCCAGUGGAUGGCCCACACAGUUGUGUAACAACAAGUCAUGAAGAUUUUGUUACAAACUCGCAGCUUACCUGCAAGGAACAGAAAACAGAGUCAGCCACAUUACAUUUAGAACCCAACUUGUCUGAUGGUGAGGAUGAAGAGGUGGCAACAGACCAAGUAACAGAGACAGUCACAAAUGGUUCCAUGAAGGAAACAGUAAGCCUUACUGUAGAUGCCAAAACUGAAACUGCCGUGUUUAAAAGUGAGGACAUAAAGUUGUCUACCUCUGAAGAUGUUUCUUCAAAAUAUAUGUCUCAAGAUAAUUUGGAACCUCUGAAAGUGACUCCAACAUCACAGUCUAAUGAUUAUCGAAUUGAUGGCUUGAGGCACUCUGAAGAGAAUACAAAAUCUCGAGUAAAAGAAACCAUGAAUGGUCCCAUCGACAAUGUAGCAUCAAUGGAAGAAGUCAAGACGGCUCAACAUGUCUUGUCACCUGAAGCUUCAAUUAAUGGACCUGCAUGAAUAAUUCUGCCUGCUGUUGUCUACUCCAGUCUGAGCAGCUACUAUCCAGGGUUAUCAGUGGGGUUCACUGGAGGCACUGGGCUUAGGCCUAUCAAAGCCAGUCACUGCUGCACUAAAUUUACAUGGGAUCAGGACCAGCAAUAUUCUUAUGAGAUUUUUUUUUAAAAGAUGGAUGUGCAAAGAAGAGUUUGAAUGAAAUGUGUAAAUGAAGGUAUUACAUGUUGGCAGAUACAAAGGACUCUUGUGUGCAUUUGUAUAAAGUACAUGUUCUUUUAAAUGGGUUGAUCAGUCCAUUAAAUAUAUUGCCACUCACGUGAUAAUUAGUAUCGUUGCCAUAGUAAAUGGUUAUAAAAGUAGAAUAUUUUAUAAAAAAAUGUGUAUACUUAAACCUAACGUAUAUAAUUGCAGUAUACCAAUUGGAACACAUAGUGUGACCAAAGUGUUUAGAAAUUUUCAUACUUUUUUUCAUCUUGUAUAAGACUUUAACUUUCAGUGUUUCUUCCAAGUGGGCAGUGUAAAUUGUAGAGGUGAAAUGCAAAUGUAAAAGUGUUAUUUUGAACGAGUUGCCUAUAUUAAACCAAUUGCUAGAGGAAAUUCUAAUUCUAAAUGUUCAAGGGUGGCCCUUCAGAUUUUAUUUGUAAGCUUUUCUUGAAAUCUAGAAGAUGAGUAUUGGAAAUUCUUUAAUUCAGAACUUAAACAUAUUUGCUACUGAAGAUGAGUUGAUCAUUUGGUAUGUCACUGAAUAGCCAUAAAUAUGUUCAUCCUUCUGCGUUUUAUAUUUUCAGAACAACAGAUUAUUCAAAGAUGAAAAAUACGAUUAGCUUUGAAUUGCAUGUGGCUAUUGUGUAGUUCUCUAAAGAUCUGCAUCAGUUUUGCUGUUUUAUAAAAAAUUCUAUUGAACCACUUACCAAUUUGUUUUUAAGUUCCCUUUAUUUUAGUUGCCAGGUUAAUAGAACUUGAUCAGGGUGAACUGAUACCUGAGCACUUAAUAUUAGUAGGCUAGAAAAUUCUGUAAAAAUAAACUUCUAAGGAGUGAAGAGCCCUAUUUGAGGAAAGUAUGACAGUAACUUCUACUUUUAAAUUCAGGGAAUUGAAGUGUUAAUGGCAUAUUGACCCUCUUCAUAGGACCUUACUGGACUGUUCAUCGAGGUGAGAGCUAGCACUGGGUUAUGCUAAGGCAA